ACAGAGGCUUCGGAAAGAGAAGCAGGACUAUGGCUUCUGCAGCAGCAGAGGCGGAGAAGGGGUCUCCGGUUGUGGUGGGACUGCUGGUGGUGGGCAACAUCACUAUUCUGCUGUCAGGCCUGGCCCUGUUUGCUGAGACCGUAUGGGUGACAGCUGACCAGUACCGCGUGUACCCACUGAUGGGCGUCUCAGGCAAGGAUGACGUCUUCGCUGGCGCCUGGAUCGCCAUCUUCUGCGGCUUCUCCUUCUUCGUGGUGGCCAGCUUUGGUGUGGGCGCGGCGCUCUGCCGCCGCCGGUCCAUGAUCCUCACGUACCUGGUGCUCAUGCUCAUCGUCUACAUCUUUGAAUGCGCCUCCUGCAUCACAUCCUACACUCACCGAGACUAUAUGGUGUCCAACCCAUCCCUGAUUACCAAGCAGAUGCUGACCUUCUACAGUGCAGACACGGACCAGGGCCGGGAACUGACUCGUCUCUGGGACCGCAUCAUGAUUGAGCAAGAGUGCUGUGGCACAUCCGGUCCUAUGGAUUGGGUGAACUUCACCUCGGCCUUCCGGGCAGCCACCCCGGAGGUGGUGCUCCCCUGGCCCCCAUUGUGCUGUCGGCGGACAGGCAACUUCAUUCCCCUCAAUGAAGAAGGCUGCCGCCUGGGCCACACAGACUACCUGUUCACCAAGGGUUGCUUCGAGCACAUCAGCCAUGCCAUCGACAGCUACACAUGGGGCAUCUCGUGGUUUGGGUUUGCCAUCCUGAUGUGGACGCUGCCUGUGAUGCUGAUGGCCAUGUAUUUCUACACCACGUUGUGAGGGACAGGAAGGCCACAUGCACGCCUCGGCCUCUGCCUCCUCCUGUUCCUGUUUCCUCCGGCCGUGGACUGGAUGGCUGCCUCAGCUCUCCCCUUCCCACCUCCCUCAAGCUUCCCUCCUUCCUCACCAAAGACCUUUUCCCAGGUUUCUGAGCCCUGCUGGGACUUGGAGGUCCCCCGAAGCCCUGGGACAUGUGUGCGUGGGCCCUUAGCCCUUGACGUCACUUCGCUUUGCUGAUUCCCGGCCCAUCUUUCAGUGUCAAUUUCAAGUCCUGUCCUCCGGGGACCCUUCCGGGAUCCCACCCACCCCAUCACCAACGCCUCUCUUAUAGCUCCCCAAGCUCCUCCUUCAUGGUAGACGUUGGCCCUCAUUGCUAAAUAGUUUGGGGUUGUUUAUUCUCUGGUGGACUAGGGUCGCCAGGAAGGGAGGAAGAAGCUCUGUCAUGGUCACUGUAUUGUCCCCAGCAUCACCCAGCAGAGGGCUGAGCGUGGAUAUUCAAUAAAUACUGGUUGAAUGAA